GAGAGACAGAGAGCUUCCACAGACCUCACUUCUAAUUCAACGUUGAUAGACACUGAUUAAUGCUUCUAAAGAUUGUGCUUGUGCACCGAAGACAACAAAUUCAUCUAUAGAACAUAAUUAGGACUCUUUUUACGCAUUUGUGCAUUAGUUAUUUAGUCAAUAGAAAAUAUGCCAACCUUGAUUAAAGGAGGGAAGGUGGUAAAUGAGGACUUCUCUGUGAUGGCAGACGUGUAUAUUGAAGAUGGAGUUAUCAGUGCAGUUGGCUCAGAUCUGCAGGUAGCAGCUGGCACGCGGGUCAUUGAUGCCACAGACAGACUCGUGCUGCCGGGUGGAAUAGACACGCACACACACAUGGAGCUGUCAUUCAUGGGCACCACAGCUGUGGAUGACUUUCAGACAGGUACCAAGGCCGCAGUCGCAGGAGGCACCACCAUGAUCCUGGACUUUGUCAUCCCACAGAAGGGGUGUUCACUCUUGGAAACCUAUGAGCAGUGGAGAAGAACGGCUGACUCCAAAGUCUGCUGCGAUUACUCCCUUCAUAUGGCUGUAACCUGGUGGGAUGACACUGUCAAGAAGGAAAUGGAGACUCUUGUUCGUGAAAAAGGUGUCAACUCUUUUAAGAUGUUCAUGGCAUACAAAGACGUCUUCAUGCUGCGUGACCAUGAGCUCUAUGCUGUAUUCUCCCAGUGUAAAGAAAUCGGAGCAAUAGCUCAAGUCCAUGCCGAGAAUGGAGACCUUAUUGCAGAGGGUGCUAAGCGUAUGCUCUCUCUGGGCAUCACGGGUCCUGAGGGCCAUGAGAUGUGUCGUCCGGAAGAAGUGGAGGCGGAGGCCACACAGCGCGCCAUUACUAUUGCCCAUGCUGCCAACUGCCCGCUCUACGUGGUGCACGUCAUGAGCAAAUCUGCAGCGAAGGUGGUGGCUAAUGCACGCAGAAACGGUCGAGUGGUGUUUGGAGAGCCCAUUGCGGCUGGACUGGGCACAGACGGUAGUCACUAUUGGCAUAAGAACUGGGCUCAUGCUGCUGGUUUUGUCAUGGGCCCACCCUUGAGACCAGACCCCAGCACCCCUGGAUAUCUGAUGGACCUGCUGGCCAAUGACGAUCUAAGUGUAACAGGAACGGAUAACUGCACAUUCUCGGUGUGCCAGAAAGCCCUUGGGAAAGACGACUUUACCAAAAUCCCAAAUGGAGUCAAUGGCGUUGAAGACAGGAUGUCUGUUAUAUGGGAGAAAGGAGUGCACAGCGGAAAAAUGGACGAAAACCGGUUUGUAGCUGUCACCAGUACUAACGCAGCAAAAAUCUUCAACCUUUAUCCUCAAAAAGGGAGAAUUGCUAAAGGCUCUGAUGCAGACCUGGUCAUAUGGGACCCAAAGGCCACCAGGGUGAUUUCAGCAAAGACUCAUCACCAGGCUGUGGACUAUAACAUCUUUGAGGGAAUGCUGUGUCACGGGCUUCCAGUGGUCACGAUCUCCAGAGGGAAGGUGGUUUAUGAAAACGGGCAACUGUUCACAAAGCCGGGCGAGGGACGAUACAUCCCACGGAAACCCUUCGCUGAAUUUGUGUAUAAGAGAAUUAAUCAGCGGGAAAAGGUUGGAAAGCCCAGCGCUGUGUGCAGAGAACCGUACACUGGAGAAAUCAUAUCUAUAGCCCAGAAAAGACCCUGAAUCGUGGAAGAAAUGUUUUAUAAGGAAGAUGAAUGUGCAGUAUUCAUUUAAAAACAAAGAUUGCAGUUAUAACUAAAAAAGAGAUUUACAGUCUAAUGUCAAAGAAGAAACUUUUCAAGUUCCACAAAGAACUUUUUAUUUUGGUGCUGUGAAAAACCCAGAAAACGUUGCACUGUGCUGAAGAACACAUAAUACUGGGGACAAUGAUCCCCAAGAACCUUUUGUGCGAAAUGAAAAUGUUUCAUGGAUGUUAAUGGUUCUUCAUGGAUCCAUCAAUGCCAGUAAAGAACCUAUAUUUUUAAGAUUGUACAGUGAAAAUGGUGCUGCAAAGAACCAUUGAAGAACCACCUAUUCAGUUAGUACUGAGAUUCUCCUAUUUUGUGUUUUGAGUCACUCUCAAAAAACGCCAUACAGUGUUGUUAAAGGAUUAGUUCACUUCAGAAUUAAAAUUUCCUGAUAAUUUACUCACCUCCAUGUCAUCCAAGAUGUUCAUGUCCUUCUUUCUUCAGUCAAAAAGAAAUUAAUGUUUUUGAGGAACACAUUCCAGGAUUUUUCUCCAUAUAGUGGACUUCAGUGGGGAACAACGGACUGAAGGUCCAAAUUGCAGUUUCAGUGUCACAUGUAACCUUUCCAACGUGAUUACGUCAUGCGUGGCGCAUUGCAGAGGAGUGCAAGAUGAGCAUUUGUGGUUAAAAAGUAUAUAAAUUUAAUUUUCUUUUUAGAAAAUGAACAAUCGUUUAACUAGAAAAGACCCUUAUUUCUCAUCUGGGAUCGUGUAGAGCCCUUUGAAGCUGCAUUGAAACUGCAAUUUGGACCUUCAACCUGUUGAACCCCAGUGAAGUCCACUAUAUGGAGAAAAAUCCUGGAAUCUUUUCCUCAAAAACCUUAAUUUUUUUCGACUGAAGAAAGAAAAAGACAUGAACAUCUUGGAUGACAUGGGGGUGAGUAAAUUAUCAGGACAUUUUCAUUCAGAAGUGAACUAAUCCUUUAAAUACAGAAUGUGAAUUACAGUUUUUCUUUUCUUUCUUUUUUUUAGCUGUUUUAAUAAAAUUUUAUUUUCUGUCCUGAUCA